AUGGCCACUGCCCAGCAGCCCUGGAGCCCCGGAUGGGCGGGACUCACCACCCCAAGCGAGGCAGGGGCUGGGCAGGAGGCGCCCGCCGCUGGCCCUGGCCUCCCCGCUCCAGGACCUGAAGGGGACCCGGCCGCCGUCGCUGCCGGCAGCCCAGGCGCCCACUCCGGCAUGACCACGCGGGAGCUGCAGGAGUACUGGAGGGGCGAGAAGGGCGACCGCAAGCCCGUGAGGCUGAUCUUCGACAUCGCCUCGGCCCGCAUCGAGGAGGGGACACCGUGCAGGUUUGUGAUGUACCAGGUGGUGGUCAUCCAGACGGGCAGCUACGACAGCACGAAGGCGGUGCUGGAGCGGCGCUACUCGGACUUCGAGGCGCUGCAGCGCGGCCUGCUGCGCGCCUUCCCGGAGGAGAUGGAGGACGUGGCCUUCCCGGGGAAGCGGCUGCUGGGCAACCUGGCGCCCGCGCUGAUCGCCGCGCGCUCGCGGGCGCUGGCCGAGUACCUGCGGCAGCUGGCGGCCCUGCGCGGCGUGCGCCGCUCGCGGGAGCUGCUGGACUUCCUGACGCGGCCCGAGCUGCGCGAGGCCUUCGGCUGCCUGCGCGCCGGCCAGUACGCGCGGGCGCUGGGCGCGCUGGGCCGCGCGGGGCCGCUGCAGGCGCGGCUCACGGCGCACCGGCCGGCCGCCGCCGCCCCCGCGCUCUGCGCCGCGCUGCUCUGCCUGCGCGAGCUCGAGCGCCCCCUGGAGGCCUUCGCGGCGGGCGAGCGCGCGCUGGCGCGGCUGCGGGACGGACACCGCUACCUGGAGCCGCUGCUGGACGCCAUGGUGCGCCUGGCCGGCGCGCUGGGCCGCGACUGCGCGCCCCUGCAGCGGCGCCUGGAGGACUGCCAGCUGCGCAGGCCCGGCCCGCGGGGCCUCACGCUCAAGGAGCUGGCCGUGCGCGAGUACCUGGACUGA